GGUGGGCCCCGCGUUACUCUUGCAAUCGUUGCGUGGAGACGUCUUGGACUGGGGCGCCAUCGAGAAAGAGUUUAUACCUUCGGGGCGGUGCGCGCUGUGCUCCGCAGUGAAGUGCAAUAGCCAGUAUGGCCUGCGCCGAUGGAGUCGAGAGGACGGCCUGCGCGUGUGUACCCUGUGCGUAGAAGACAAGAAGAGCGUGGGGGCGCCGUGGCAGCGCAUGGAUCGCGGUCUCUGGAAGGGCCAGGUUGCUUCCCACUCAUCCCAGCACGACUCCUCAAAGCUCGCGUCACGGCGCUGCGUGGACUGUCCCGAGAGGCGGAAGUGCCAUGUAUGCGAGGGUCGCAAGUACGAGCAAGCUUUCGUGGCGUAUCAGUGGGGCAAGGCAGGGAACGCCCGAUGCAAGGGGGGAGCGUGCCUGGACUGCGAGGGGCUGAAGAGGCACCUGAAGUGUUCGCGCUGCGGCCAGCAGAAGUUACCGAUGGAGCAUGCCAGAGCGGAGCAGAGCAUCGACGAACCCACAUGCAAGACCUGUAAGAAG